AAGUAUAUAAUGUGAAAUUAAAUAGUACAGAACAAGAAGAUAAAUUACACAAGAUUAAAAACGAUUUUAUUGAUUACUGGCGUAAGCCUUCAUUUAAAUAUAACAUAAUCGGACAGGCUAUGGUUCCACCCGCACAGACAACAUGGUUCGAAGAAAGACUUGGUGAACUUGGUGUACCAAAAGACAUUUACAUUGACGAUGUUUACAAGUACUUAUUGUUUAGAGAGGAAACAUCUCUGGACAUGUCAAGGAAUGGUGAUAAUAACACAUUUACCUUCAAUGAUUACUAUCGUUAUUCACAAAUUUUAGACUACAUCAGAACACUUGAAGAAACAUACAAAAAUUCAACGGACAUAACCUUAAAUGUAAUAGAAGCUGGUACUACUGCUGAAGGAAGACAUUUAACGUACAUCAAAUUAACAAAUCAAACACCAACAGUGAAUAAAGGAAUUAUAAUUAUAGAAGCAGGAAUCAAUCCGAGACAGUGGAUUACUAUUCCAUCAUCACUUAAUAUUGUCAAUAAAUUAAUAAACAGUAAUGAUAAGAGAUUUCUUAAUGAUUUCGAAUGGAUUGUUAUUCCUGUAUUGAAUCCUGAUGGAUAUGAAUAUACCCAUACAAAUCUACGCUUAUGGAUGAAAUCAAGGAGUACACGUAGUAAUUUAGGUGCCAUUUGUCCUGGUGUGAACAUAAAUCGUAACUUUAAUAUCGACUGGCUUAAUUCAGACUCAAGUUCUAGUCCAUGCAGCCAUCUUUAUGGUGGUACUGGUGCCUUUUCAGAAGUGGAAAGCCGUAUAGUACAAUCAUUAUUCGAAGAAUAUGGAAACAGAAUACGUGCUUAUAUUUCCUUACAAAAUAAUGGUGGAUUCAUAUCAUAUCCUUGGCAAUAUGAAAGAGCUGCGAGUGGUUUGUUUGCACAACAUCAUAUUUUAGGUAUGAAAAUGAUUGCAGCUAUGGAAGAUAGUUACGAAUUGGAUAUAGCAUCGGUGGCUUACGGAGAUAGAGCGUCAGGAACAAGUACUGAUUAUAUGAGAAGUAGGGGUGUACUUUAUACGUUUAAUAUAGACGUUGUACCAAGAGGUCAAGAUGGUGUUAUCGUACCUAGAGAAGAAAUACAAACGAUAGCUGAUGAUGUAUGGAGAGCAGUAUCAGUUGUUGCUGAAAAUUUGAUACAAUUGUAAUUUAUAUUUUAGAAGUUUGUUUUGUAUUACAGUUUUUUAAAUUAUGUUUAGUUUUAAAACAUAUUUAGAGUCACACUGAGAAGCUCAUUUUGUGAUUUUAUGGGACUAUCUCUUCUUUAGAUUUCUGAUACUAAAUGCGAGUGGAAGUAAGAGAAAUAAACUUCUAUGUCGGAAAUUAUUACACUGUCCUUUAAAUCGUAUUUUUUAUUUAUAGCUAGAAUGUUAGGAAAGUUUUUUAACCGUCCGCAAAACUUAUUUUCCCGCUUAAGUUCUGAUGCGACCGAAAACUCAGAUUUAAGCAUAAUAAUGAAAACCUCAAUUAACGCGCGCCACAAAACAGCUGAAGUUUAAUUAGAAGGCCCUAUGCUCGCUGCUCUAAAGGGUGUUGGUUGUUAUAUAAACUUUGGCAAAAGUUUAUCCAGAAAAAAACUAUUAAUAUGCCAAGAAAAUUCUGGAAUAUUCUAUACGUGCAGACAAAUUACAAAUUUUA